AAAAGCUACAAUUGUUUUUUUUUUUUUUUAGUACGGAGUAGUAAAACAAUUUGCUUUCUUUAGCUGCCUUUAUUUACCAAAAAUGGGAAAGAGAAAUAAAAAAUAGUCAUUUACUCAUUUUGCAACAAGAAAUGUCAAUCAAUUUUUAUUUCUUAACGAUGAACAUUUGACUCUGGGUUCAUAAACUCCAAAUUACUUGAUUUUCUUCUAAAUUUUCUUCAAAUUAUAAUCUUUUCUAUGAUUUUCUGAAGGAGGAAAUAUCCUACAAAAUUAUGGAGGAUGAAAAUACUUUAGUUGCAGAAAAUUCGACCUUGAAUGACCAUUUUAAUGGCGAAUUAUCCGAAUUAAGCUCCUCUGUAUUCCUGGAUCGUGUUGGCGAAGUCAAUUUCUCUCUUAAUUCAACUGGAUUAUCUUGGAAACCUGCAGAUUAUUCGAUUGAUGAUAUGGACAAUGGAGUGGUCAAUUGUAUGCAUUUUUACCUCUGCCUCUACGAUUGCAGAAAGAAUAAGUCAUCAUGUAUUGGCCGUAAAUAUCACAUUGAAAGUGCUGCAGAAAUAAACUUUUCUGAUGUAUAUGCUGUUGAGUCGGCUGAUUGGGGAUCAGUUCGUCAAUCAACUAGAUGCUGCUUUAUGCAUCGGGAUUCAGAGAUGUACCUUUUUGUGGUACAUGCUAUGCAGAGAUCAAAGGCCAAGGCAUCUCUCUGGCACUUGGCAGAGUACACUUUUGGUCACAGCGAUCAGCUUGUAUGUAAACUGAUAGUGAACAAAAUAAAGUCGUAUCUUGCAAAGCAAAUUGGAAGACCAAAGAGCCUGUUGGUCUUUGUCAAUCCUAAAAGUGGCAAGGGGAAUGGUCAAAAUAUAUGGGGGAUUGUAGCUCCAAUAUUUUCUCGUGCUAAAGUGAGAACUCAGGUAACAGUGACAGAGAGGGCAGGACAUGCUUUCGAUCUAGUGUCGUCUAUGACAAACCGUGAACUGAUUUCAUUUGAUGGUAUUUUGGCUGUUGGUGGUGAUGGCUUAUUCAAUGAAAUCUUAAAUGGGCUUCUCAGGUCCAGGUUCAAGACCAAAUAUACCCCCCUUCCUCCAGAUUUUAUGGCUUCUCCAGGGGAAGAAUCAAGUGCCUCAGUCCCUUAUCCAAGUGAAAUUAAUGCAGGUACUUUUAACCCCAAUGAAGACCAGUCCCCUCUGCUUCCAACUUCAAGACAUUAUGAAUCUCAAUUUCCAAGUUCCAGAAUUGAAGAUGGUGUAUGCAGCACAGCUGAUGAAGAUGUUGAAUUUUCUUUUCCUCAUGAAAGAUUCAGAUUUGGACUCAUUCCAGCAGGCUCGACUGAUGCUAUUGUGAUUUGUACAACAGGAGUGAGAGAUCCCAUAACAUCAGCAUUACACAUUGUCCUUGGGAAAAGGAUUGGUCUUGAUAUAGCUCAAGUUGUUAAGUGGAAAACAACCAUAAAGUCAGACAUUGAACCCUCUGUACAUUACACAGCCUCUUUUGUUGGUUAUGGAUUUUAUGGAGAUGUCAUUACAGAGAGUGAGAAAUAUCGCUGGAUGGGUCCAAAACGUUAUGACUUUGCAGGGACAAAAGUUUUUCUCAAACACAGGUCAUAUGAGGCUGAACUAUCAUACUUGGAUGUCAAGUCUGAGAAUACAGAUCCAGAUUCCAAAGAUGAUUUGAUUGGGGGCGUGGAGUCAUGCCAGGGCCUUAAGAGAAAAUGUGAGCGAAUAAUUUGCAGAGCUAAUUGCAAAGUCUGCAACACACCAUACACGGGCAUGAUGAAAUCAAAAUGGUUGAAAACUAGAGGAAAUUUCCUUAGCGUAGGUGCUGCUGUCAUGUCUUGUCGAAAUGAAAGAGCUCCUGAUGGUUUAGUGGCUGAUGCACACCUUACAGAUGGUCUCCUGCAUCUUAUCUUGGUGAAAAAUUGCUCGCAUGCACUAUAUUUGUGGCACCUAACCCAUCUAGCUAAAAAGGGUGGAUCUCCCCUUGAUUUCAAGUUUGUAGAACAUUACAAGACUCCUGCAUUUGCUUUUACAUCUUAUGGCAAAGAGGGUGUUUGGAAUUUGGAUGGCGAGAUCCUACGAGCUCAUAAACUGUCAGCUCAGGUUUUCCGCGGUCUUAUCAGCUUAUUUGCGAAUGGCCCUGAAGUGUAACUGAAUACUGUACACUGUAAAGUUGUGACCAUAUUCUGUUAUAUACCAAUAUUAGAACACUUUAGUUGAUAAAAGAUGCACAGGUAGCAAUUUGUGCUGAAAUUUUGCCUGAAAAUAAAUCUCAGUUUUCACUUUGAGAUAAAUCUGUAAUUCCAAGUUUCUGAUUGGGCACAGUGCUUCAGGAUUCUCAUCAAUAAGCUCUAAAGUUGUCAAAAUUCAAA